GUCACAACAAUUAUUAUUAAAAAAUAUAAUAGUCAAACAUUUCAAUUUCAAAACACAUCCAAUCAAGUUACAUGUCAACCAUUGAAAAAAUAAAAUACUCACCCAUUAUACUUUUCUCCAUUCUUUCACUUACAUUUUCGUAUCAAUGGGUCCAUGGGAGUUGAAAUCAGAGAAAAACUAUACUGUGACUUUGCCUAUACAAUACGUAACAAAUAUGAUUCACAUGAAUUUACAUGGCAAAAAUAUCAAGAGAACCCUUGUCUAAUUUUAGUGGUGGCUAAGCCUAAGACCAACCAAAUACCACAUCGAAGUUGAUCACGAGUUUAUAAAUAUAGACAUUUCUCUAUCAGAAACAGACCUUUUGGGUAGGAUUGUAAACGAGUCGAGCCGAGUUGGGCUCAUUAACUUAAUGAGUCAAUAGAAGAACUCGAGCUAGGCUCACUAAUCAUUAUUUAAAAGCAGAAUCCGAACUUUAACGUGUCUAACUAUAGAAAAUUAUAUAAAAAUAUUAUCUUUUUUAGCAUUAUUAAGUCGAGUCAAGCUCAAGUUUUGACAAGCUUUACAAGCAGCUCGUUUUGUUAACAACUCUAACCAUAGGUAUUCUCUCCUACAGAAAGUAAUAAUUGAGAAGGCCCAAGGAGUAGGGUCAUGAUGAAGAAUAAGGGGCUCAAUAGGAACUUUGUUCAGGAAGAAAAUAGACUGAUGAGGCCAACCAAAGUCCCACAUUGGUUAGACAUAUUUAGACAUCUCUCCAUUAGAGGUUAUGAGGCCAAAAAAGCAUAACCGUGAAGGCUCGGGAAAGUACAGUAUGAUUGAGUCGACCCGUCCAGAAGUCCUAUAAAUUCCAUCAGAAUUUCUUCCACCAUCAAAACAACAACAAAACGAGAGAGAAAGAGAAAAAUGUCCAUCAUGUCGAUCUUCGAACAACAACAAUUCAUCAUACCUCUCUUUUCCUUCUUUUCCUUCAUCUUCUUCAUAAUAAUUCUAUUCCAAAAACGAACUUCCUCCGGUGGCCAGAAAAACUCUCCGCCAUCUCCAAAAGGACUUCCGGUGAUCGGAAACCUCCUCAUGCUCGGAAAAUCUCCUCACCGUUCGCUACAGUCACUCUCCAGACGUUAUGGCGAUGACGAGCUCUUGUUGCUUCAUUUCGGGAGCUUGCCAGUUCUUUUGGUCUCAUCGGCAAAAGUUGCACGUGAGAUAAUGAAAAAUCAAGACUCAAUCUUCUCAAACAAGCCCAAACUAAGCGUGCCAGAUAAGCUCACGUAUGGCUCACGGGACGUGGCUUUUACUGCUUAUGGGGAAUACUGGAAAAAGAUGAGAAGCAUAUGCGUGCAUCAGCUUUUGAGCAACAAAAGAGUUCAAUCUCUUCGCCACAUACGCGAACAAGAAACAUCGAACAUGAUCGACAAAAUUAGGCAGUUGGGAUCUUCUUCUUCUUCAUCAAUCAACUUGACCGAUCUUUUUUCCUCACUCACGAACGAUGUCAUUUGCAUGGCAUUGUUUGGUAGAAAAUACGAUGGUGAAGAUCGGAAGAAGUUCAAGAAGUUAAUGAAAGAGGUCAAUGAUUUAUUAGGUAGAGCGAGUAUAGGUGAAUAUAUACCGUGGUUGGGUUGGAUUAGUUAUGUUAACGGGUUAUACAAAAAAGUCGAGAGAGCGGCUAAACUGAUUGACGAGUUUUUGGAGACUGUGAUUCGAGAACAUAAUAAAGAUUACGGCGAAAAAUACGACAAAGAGUCGUAUUUCGUUGAUAGAUUGCUCGAACUUCAACGAGAGAGUAUAAAUAGCAGCUCACCUAUUAGUGAUGAUACGGUUAAGGCUCUCAUCGUGGACAUGUUUAUUGCCGGAACCGACACCACAGUCACAGCUCUCGAGUGGGCAAUGGCGGAACUCAUAAAGAAUCCAAGAACCAUGAAAACCCUACAGAACCAAGUGCGAAAAGUCGCCGCAAGCAAUAACAAGAAAGAUACAAUAAACGAGGAUGAUCUCGAAAAAAUGCCUUACCUCAAAGCAGUGAUAAAAGAAUCAUUGAGACUCCAUUCGCCGGUCCCAUUGCUCAUCCCUCGCGAAUCCACUCACGACACAAAAGUCAUGGGCUACGAUAUAUCUGCCGGGACAAGGGUCGUGAUAAACACGUGGGCCAUCGGUAGAGACCCAAAAUCGUGGGAAGAUCCCGAAAAUUUUUUUCCAGAGAGGUUUUUGGAUUCGGAAGUUGAUUUCAGAGGUAAAGAUUUCGAGUUAAUCCCGUUUGGGGCUGGCCGGAGGGGAUGUCCCGGGAUUAAUUUCGGUGUGGCUGUUGAUGAGCUUGGAUUGGCCAAAUUGGUGUACCAUUUUGAUUUCGAACUGCCGAAUGGAGAAAAGGGAGAGGAUUUGGACAUGAGUGAAAGUGGAGGAAUAACAGUUCAUAAAAAGCUUCCAAUGCUUGUGGUGGCCACUCCAUAUAAUAAUUGUGUUAACAGUUAAACUCCAUUUGAAAGUCUAGUAAUGUACCGUUAAGUGUGUUGCGAUUUCUAGACAAAGCAUAAUUAAGUAGGAAUAAUUCAAGUUGUGAACAAUGUAAGAAACAAAAUCAGUCGAUUGGAGGUGGAUAAGUUUAUCUAUUCAUUGUCUAUCUGUUUAAUCGUUCUCUGCUUCAGAAAAAAAUAUUCAGAAAUAACAGGACAUGUUCCUUCAUAAGAAAAGAAAUGAAAUUGAAACAGUUUACUUUCCUUCACCAAGUUCGUAAUUAUCCUUCAAAAAUUGUGUCCAUUCACAUAUUUCCUCAAUAUUGUAGCAAACAAAUCAUCCAAAAAGCUAAAAGCGAAACGAAAUAGACAAAUAAAUGAAUAAAUUACGAAAUACCAGAGCUUCCCAUCUCUUU